AUGGAGAGAAAUUGCUCGUUUCAGCGGCUAGUUGGUGGCCAAUGCGGUCAAGACCCUCGAAGCACUAAAGUCCAAGAUUUAGUUCCCUUGCUAACUUGUAACAAAGACGUAUCACGCCACAAAAGCUCUCUAGGGCUGAUGACCGGCCACGGUGUAGACACUGAAGUGGAACUGAUUCUAGCAAGGUCUUCAAUUUUCAGUUUCCCUUCCAAUAUUUCUGACAUGGAUAUUUGUCCCGCUCAUCGUUCUUUGCUGGGCAUUGGGUGGCGAAGGGGUUUGGCGCGUUGCCGUAUACCAGCCCAGCUGUCGAAGCACGUCCGCAAAUCCUGUACUACGGAUCGUGGAAUCAAUAAAGCCAUCUCCGGAUUAAUCUUGCGUAUUACUGGGAUAUUUCUUCCAGUCGGCUCUGGUAAGUAUCCAUUCGAAUAAAAUCUAUAGACUGCAGUGCUACAUUACAUUUCACAAAAGCCAAGUCACAUUCGAAAGAGCAAUGCUCAACACUAAAAUUGAAUCAUUAUUCAAUAUUUAUUAUUGUUUUAUCUUUUUUUAAGGAAUAUGUAGUGAAUGUAGGAUAACUCUUGGAGAACAGGUCAGAGCCGAUUGCCAAGACCCACAACUUAUUGCCCUUUCAGAGAGUAUUCAUGAGCUUUCUUUCGUAAGUUCUAGCUGUUUUGGGAGUUUCGCACAUACCACUGAUUUUAUAUGUAACUAUACACAGGAUCUAAGUCUGAAUUUCAUUAAGUUACCAUAAAACUCUGAUUCUCCAUCGCCCUUUUUUAAUCAGACCCCCUAAUUAUACUUAGUGAAGCUGUUGUUAUGGUUGUUUCUAAAGAUUUUCAAUCAUUUAUGCCGCGCCUUGUUUUCUAUAUACCGUAAAUCCUCUAUUAAGCCCCCGGGGGGGCUUAUUUUUUCACACACUUUUGAGGGGGGGCUUAUUUAAUUUAGCGAAACGCAUCACCAGUAGCAAAAAUACCGUGGUAUGAGACAGGGUAGACUUACGCGUUGUACAAUUAAAGUCACUGUCAAAAGUAUUUAAUUCACUUGUGGGAGCCUAAAAGUAACAAAAACAAAAUUCUUAUUCUUCAAAAAUGUGCGUGCGGCCUCAUGUUCUUUGGUAAUUUUUAUGAAUAAACCAUAACUGAUCAGUCCACGUUAAUCGUUAAUUUUUUUUGUGAAGAAUAAGGAUUGGGGGAGGGGAAGGGGGUGCUUAAUAGAGAGGGGGGCUCAUUAACUUUCCUCCUCUGAAAAGGGGGAGCUUAUUAGAGAGGGAGGGGGAGCUUAAUAGAGGAUUUUCGGUAUCAAAAUGGAAAAGCCUCAUGAACCGUGCGUAAUAUAACAGUUGACGUUGCUGUUCUAGGCUGAGGAGACGACUCGUACUCGUCCUGAACACAGUACCCCAGCUACUCCAGGAGGAAGCUUCUAUUUACCACCUAGCGACGACUCGUCCUCCUCUGAGGAGAUCUCCUUUGACAGCACACCAGCUACAACAAAGCGCGAACCAAAGUCCAAGACCACUGAGCCACUCAAUGAUUGUUUGCGCACUCGAGGAAUCAGUCCCAUUCGUUCUCGGCUACAGCGGCCUUGGGAAGAAGCAAGUAAAAGAACACGACGCUACUACGUGCGGAAGGCAGGUCAAGGUCUAUCUACACUUUUACAAGACAUAGCUCCAAGUGAUAGUGGUUCUCUCUUCACGGCAGUCUAUUCCUCUGGUGUCAUACAAAGAACCUUACAAUGUAACGGAGAAGAAGCCACAAGCAGUUCAGUCAAC